AUGCCGGUAUCUCUGAGAACAGCCGACGUGAAUAGUGAUGGCAAACUUGAUAUUAUUGUCGUGGGUAGCGGGUCAAACAAAGUUGGUGUUUUCUUGAAUAAUGGUGAUGGCACAUUUCCUGCUACUAAAGAAACUAGCAGCGCACUUCCCAAGGUCGCAAAACCGACGUCUGUGGCAACAGCUGAUGUGGAUAGCGACGGCAAAGCUGAUAUUAUUGUCGUGGGUAGCGAUACAAACAGCAUUGAUGUUUUAUUCAAUAACGGUGAUAGCACUUUUCCUAAAACAAAAAACUAUGUAAUUAAUGGUGUCACAUCACUGACAUCUGUGACAGCAGCCGAUGUAAAUGGCGAUGGUAAAGCUGAUAUUAUUGUUGGGGGUAGCAGCUCAAAUAACGUUGGUGUCUUCUUGAAUAAUGGUGAUGGCACAUUUCCUGAUACUAAAGCAUUAGCUUAUGGGUCACUCAUUAACUCAGCACCUGAGUCUGUAACAACAGCCGAUGUGAAUGGCGAUGGUAAAGUUGACAUUAUAGUCGCAAAUAAAGGCACACACAACGUUGGUGUUUUACUGAAUAGUGGUACUGGCACAUUUCCUGCUGCUCCAGUAACCUAUGGACUACUCACUAACUCAGCACCGACGUCGGUGACAACAACCGACGUGAAUGGCGAUGGUAAACCUGAUAUUAUUGUCGGAGAUAGUGGUACAAACACCUUUGGUGUUUUAUUCAAUAAUGGUGAUGGUACAUUUCCUGCUACUCAAGUAACCUAUUCAACUGGUGCUGGCACGGUACCAGCGUCUGUAGUAGCAGGCGACUUGAAUGGCGAUGGCAGAGCCGAUAUUACGGUUGCAAAUAGCGGUACAAACACCAUUGGUGUUUUCCUAGCUGUUUGCACUUAA